AUGAAUUUCUUGAACAAAUUUAGCGGCGGAGUCAAAGACGAGUUGAACAAAUGCCGAAAGGAGGUGGAGAAUUCUGUCUCCCAGAACGAGGCCAAGUUGAAGGCCGGAAUUGCCGAAGUACAGAAAAAUGUUGCGGAUAACAUUGACAGUUCUGCUGCUCGUGGCGAUGCAGCGCUCAAGUCUGGAGUUGGUGGGGCCCAGAAAGUCAUGGGUGACGUAGGAAGCACGGCCACACGUGGCGAGACCAGUAUCAAAUCUAGCUUUGAAGGAGUGCAGAAAACCGUGACUGCAAACAUAGAAAGCACCACUGCCCGAGGCCAGGCCUACCUGCAGUCUAGCAUUGAUGGGGUGCAAAAAGGUGUGACUAACACUAUCGAAAGCACCACAGCGCGAGGCGAGGCCUACCUGAAGUCCAGCAUUGCCAAUGUGCAGAAAACGGUGGGCAGUACGGUACAGAACACUACCUCAUUCGGCGAUGGCAUCUUCAAGGCUGGGGCUGGCGGGGUGCAGAAACUUAUUGGCGACAACCUGGAAAACAUCACGAAAGCUGGAGGCCAAGCUCUUUUGCAAGCAGGCAUCGGGCAAGUGCAGAAAAUGAUUGGGGAGAACGUCAGCUCCACAUAUAUCAAAGGGCUAAUGAUGGCUGGCGUUGAAGGCCUCAAGACUAUGUUCGGCGGUAACAAGAAGUGUCCGUUCCCCGAGCGAGUGGUCUCCGCUGCCAGCUUGGAGAGAAAGAAUCCAUUCGCUGGGUUAGCCCGCCAGAAGUACGAGGAGAUCCUGGCCAAGUGCCUGGCAGACGGCACCAAGUUCGAGGAUCCCGAGUUUGAAGCCGAGGACUCGUCCAUCUUCUUUAGCAAGAAACCGCCCCGCCCUUUUGAAUGGAGGCGCCCUCAC